CAAAUAUAAGUACCAAUCUUAGCUCAAGUUUGUAGUAUACUUUGACCAAUGACUAAGGAGUGGAGAGAAUGUCACUUCCCUUGAGCUGGACUUCGAGCAGGGAUCUUCUGUGCUUUAAGCCCAUCAAUGGAGGAAAGAACGUCAUCUGUUUCAUACAUUUAGCUGCCAACAUCAGAUCAGUUAUUCCAUGAUAACUAGCUAGCAAGUAUUUUAUAUCUCUCAACCCAUUAUUACCAUAGCGCUGUCUCUUUUUGGUGCCAAACAUGCAUUAAAAAAGACCACAGUCAGUGCCGAGAAAUGUUGAAAGGGGAAUUCGUGUAAGCGCUAGCUAUCUAGCUUUAAUUCUGGUCAGAUAAGUAGCUAGCUAGUUCAAGAAAACGAAUUAAAAUAAAAAAUUGAUAGACAAGUAAAUCAAUCUUCCCUUGCAACCAGAAGAGUACAUUUCUCCGAAAACGUGGUGGCCUAAGCCAUGGGGGCGUUCCUGGACAAGCCCAAGACUGAGAAGCACAACGCCCACGGCGAGGGCAAUGGUCUCCGUUAUGGCCUGAGCAGCAUGCAGGGCUGGCGGGUGGAAAUGGAGGACGCCCACACCGCCACGGUGGGUCUACCCCAGGGCCUGGACAACUGGUCCUUCUUCGCUGUCUACGACGGCCACGCCGGCUCCCGCGUGGCUAACUAUGCCUCUAAACACCUGCUGGGGCACAUUAUAACCCACAGCAUGGGUCCCCCGGGCCCUGAGGGUGUCACCCCUGCACCUGCCGUGGAGACGGUCAAGAUGGGAAUCCGCACCGGCUUCCUGAAGAUCGACGAGCACAUGAGGAACUUCUCUGACCUGCGUAACGGCAUGGACCGCAGCGGCUCGACGGCCGUGGCCGUGCUGCUCUCGCCAGAGCACCUGUACUUCAUCAACUGUGGUGACUCACGGGCUGUGCUCUACCGCAACGCGCAUGUCUGCUUCUCCACGCUGGACCACAAGCCCUGCAACCCACGGGAGAAGGAGAGGAUCCAGAACGCAGGCGGCUCCGUAAUGAUCCAGAGGGUGAAUGGUUCCCUGGCCGUGUCCCGGGCCCUGGGAGACUACGACUACAAGUGUGUGGAUGGGAAGGGUGCCACGGAGCAGCUGGUGUCCCCAGAACCCGAGGUGUUUGAGAUCGAGAGGGCCCUAGAGGAUGAGUUUGUGGUGCUGGCCUGUGACGGUAUCUGGGACGUGAUGACCAACGAGGAGCUGUGUGAGUUUGUCAAGUCCCGUCUGGAGGUGUCCCACGACCUGGAGAAGGUCUGCAACCAGGUGCUGGACACCUGCCUGCACAAGGGAAGUCGGGAUAACAUGAGUGUUGUGUUGGUGUGUUUGCCAAACUGCCCUAAAGUGUCAGAGGAGGCGGUGAAGAAAGAUAGAGAGCUGGAUAAGUUUCUGGAGUCUCGCGUGGAAGAGAUCAUAGAGAAGGCAGGAGAGGAGGGUAUUCCUGACCUGGUGACGGUCAUGAGAAACUUGUCCUCAGAGAGCAUCCCCAACCUGCCACCAGGGGGAGGCCUCGCCAGCAAACACAGUGUUAUGGAAGCAGUGUACAAGCGGCUGAACCCACACAGGGAAGUGGACGGGCCCUCCUGUAUCAUUGGAAUGGAGUAGACCUUGAGGACCCCUGGUAGCAACCCAGCAGAACUGCCUGUUCCCACACCAGGACUCCUUUAUACACAAGACAUCUUUCAUCACUUGCUUUCCCUUUUAUUUUUCCUAUGAUACCAAGAGAUCAAUUGGACCAUGAAUGCAGAUUUGAAACUCAACACACACAACCCAAAGCAUUGCAAACCAUUUUAGAUUUUUUUUAAAAGGGGGAAAAGGAUGACUGCAAUGAUAGUAUAAAACAUUUAAACAAAAUCUAUUCUAGAGAAAUUAAGAGAGCGUUUUUUUCCUUUUAGUUGCUUUUUUGUUGUUUUUGUGGAUUGAUGAAGAGCCGGGGGCCUUAGUUGGGACAUGUACACUCUGUGGUGCCUUUUUCCCCAACGUUGUUAACUGACCUGGCCCCAGGCCCUGCUUCUGGACACAAGGGGCCCUACAGGGGACUACCACUGGGUCAGGGACUCACUGGCCUGUGUCUGCCUGGCUGGACAUUGCUAAUGUGACCGCAGAUAGACAAACGCAAUGUGCAAACAUGUGUCUGGAAACUGACUGCUGGUGUGGGAGGGUUUGGAAACUGACUGCUGGUGUGGGAGGGUUUGGAAACUGACUGCUGGUGUGGGAGGGUUUGGAAACUGACUGCUGGUGUGGGAGGGUUUGGAAACUGACUGCUGGUGUGGGACGGUUUGGAAACUGACUGCUGGUGUGGAAGGGUUUGGAAACUGACUGCUGGUGUGGGAGGGUUUGGAGACCGGACUGCUGGUGUGGGAGGGUUUGGAGACCGGACUGCUGGUGUGGGAGGGUUUGGAGACCGGACUGCUGGUGUGGGAGGGUUUGGAAACUGACUGCUGGUGUGGGAGGGUUUGGAGACCGGACUGCUGGUGUGGGAGGGUUUGGAGACCGGACUGCUGGUGUGGGAGGGUUUGGAGACCGGACUGCUGGUGUGGGAGGGUUUGGAGACCGGACUGCUGGUGUGGGAGGGUUUGGAGACCGGACUGCUGGUGUGGGAGGGUUUGGAGACCGGACUGCUGGUGUGGGAGGGUUUGGAGACCGGACUGCUGGUGUGGGAGGGUUUGGAGACCGGACUGCUGGUGUGGGAGGGUUUGGAGACCGGACUGCUGGUGUGGGAGGGUUUGGAGACCGGACUGCUGGUGUGGGAGGGUUUGGAGACCGGACUGCUGGUGUGGGAGGGUUUGGAGAUGGACUACUUUUUGCACCUUUUUUUUUUCUCUCCAACCAACAACAAAACAACACGGAGAGCCAGCUAAUGUUGACAGACACUGCUUCAACCUGCAAGCAUGUCACUUCUGUGUCCAUAAGCUUUCUAGCCUGCUGUUGAUCAAGAAAAAUAGAAAAUAUAUAUAUAAAAUCUUGAAUAUUUUGAUUUACGUAAAACAAAUGUAAUCCAUGGUGUCAGAUAUGGCCUACUGUGUGUAAAUAUGAGGAAGUUGCUGGUCUGGUGUCUUUGUUUCACUCCUAGAGGUCUUGGUUGACACAUGGGGAGAUGUCUGAUAUGAUGUGACGUGUACACCUGUGUAUAAGCCCAAGGUUUUUUCGCUGAAGGGAUUCUAGCUGCCCACCAAUGCUUCACUACUCAUUUCUUCUUGCAUCUUUCUCCUUAUUCAUUUAUCUUCUUUUCUGUUUUUCCUCACCCUCUCCUUAAAAUACAGAAAGACUUGCAACACCUGACCUUUUAUUUAAUUUCUCUCAGACGAUAUUGUAUUUUUAUUUUAUUUUUUCAUUUAGCAAUUUUACAUUUCUAGGCAAUGCGUUCACCUUUUGUAUUUACAUUUUCAAAUGCUGUGUAAUAGUGUAAUAUGGUUGUUACCUUCUAUUCUCAAAAUUGGUUGUAUAAAAAAAAAAAAGUGUUAAAAGGAGAAGCCGAAGGAUGGUUUAGCGUGUCAGUGAGAUUAGAGGGGUGAGGUGGAUCCCUGCCUGGGCUUCUGAUUUAACAAUGAUCUAGUACACAAACCUUGGCUGCCAUACUACUAUUAGGUACCUGAAUGUUGUGUGUGGUUGUAUUUUUACAAUAACAUUGGGGGGGUCGUUACUCCCACGGGAAAUGGGUAUGUUUAAGCUAUAGCAGACACUGGGGUGGGGGGCUGCUUUGAAUGUAAUUCAACUUCACACUACACUGCUGAGCAGAGUAGGGGCUAUAGACUUUUUGCUCCCCCUGGUCAUUUGAUGACAAAACUUGCCUUGGCAUUCAGUUUUCAUUGUGUUUCAUUGGAAUAUGUAUAGAUUGUCCCACAUGGGAUUAUAUUAAUAAGAUGUUUAUUCUCCCUCAACUUCCUCCCUAACUGUAGCAAUUUGUUGGUCCGCCCCCGCCCCCGAUCACUACUAACUCUAACGAUUGAAAAAUUAGAAUGAUUCUGAUGUUUUGUGGGCUGGAUUUGAUUUGAGUAAUUUAGUGCCAAUGUCGUUCCUGAUUUUCCUUUUAUGUUUUUUGUAUAUCUACAAGUAUUGAUCUAAAGAAUGAUCUAAUUUCCACAUUUUAUUUAUUCCAGAUUUUAGCCUUUUAAAUGAGAAGUGAUUUAUUUUAGAAUGGUAUGAGAUUAUGAUGUGUAUAGGCGUGGCAGGGUUUGCCCCGCUCCCUCUUCAGGGUCAGCUGAGUGACGAGGGUCGCGACGGGUUCAGGGGUCAAUCCUGAGUUUUCACCAUACCUCCUUGUACUGUUAGUUCCCAGUAUAACAUUGUGAUGUUUCGGACCAUAUCGUGAGCAUAAUCUUCAAUAAAGGAUGGAUACAUUUAGAUGUCA